AUGGGCACUUCUAUUCUAACUUUGGUGCUUCUUAUGUUUCUGCUCAUUAUUGUGGGCAAUUCAAAUUCAUCAAACAUCAUUUGCCAUGAGAAAGAGAGAACCGCCCUUCUCAACUUCAGAAAUGACCUCACUAAUCCAUCAUUAGGUAGUCUCUCAUCUUGGUCAGUCCAAAAAAAUUGUUGUCAAUGGACAGAAGUCCGCUGUGAUAAUGUCACGGGUCGAGUCAUUGAGCUCGACCUCCAUUCUAUGGAUCUGCAAGGAUACAAUUUUGGACUAUUCGUGGAUGAUCUAAGUUGGAUUGCUGGCCUUCAUUCUUUGAAGUAUCUUGACAUGAGUGGAGUCGAUCUUAGCAAGACAGUCAAUUGGCUUCAAGAAAUGAAUAAGCUUCCUUCUCUUUCAGAACUAAACUUGUCCUUUUGUCGACUUGAAAGUAUGUACCCAUCCCUCAGUUAUGUCAAUUUCACAUCUCUUACUGUCCUUGAUCUUUCUCGUAAUCUUUUCAAGCAUGAAAUACCUAAUUGGUUAGGCAAUCUCAGUAAUAGCCUCAUACAUCUCCGGCUAUCGAAAAAUGCUUUACAAGAGAUCUUAUUCAUUCCACAAAAUUCAAUAGCAGGCGUUGUUUUAGAAGUGCAUUUUGCUAAGCCCUCAAAGUUAAAGAUGUUAGCUAUUUCUCGGAACCCUCUUUCCUUCAAUGUAAGCCCCAAUUGGAUUCCUCCUUUUCAACUCACAUUUAUUGAUAUGAGUUUUUCUAAGCUCUUGAUUGGUUAUGGAACUGGGUUUCACAUGUUGAAAGUGUCGACCUCUCUAGAAACCAGAUUCAUGAGCCUUAGUGAAGACAGCUUCAUUGGGAAUGCUGAACUUUGUGGUGCGCCUCUACGGAUAAAUUCCACCAAAGAUGAGGAAUCUCAUGGUUCAACACCUGUUCAGAAAAAUGGAGAUGAGUCUGAGAUGUUUGGGUUCUAUAUUGGCAUGGGUAUGGGAUUUUUCAUUAGUUUUUGGGGAGUUUGUGUUGUUCUUUUCUUCAAAAGGACUUGGAGGCAUCCAUAUUUCAAAUUCCUUAAUGAAGUGAAGGACCAGAUCUAUAUGGCUGCACUACUAAAGGCGAACUGGUUAUACAAGAAAUUCAUUGACUCGUAG